AUGACACCCAUCCUCAUGUUUAAGAACGUAGCAGUGAAGCCUCAUGACUCUGUGGAGAAGCAACAAGACCCCUUGGUGAAGAAGAAACGAGAUAUCCUCACUAAUGGACUGCCGUACCACCUGAAAAAGAAUAGAUUACACCAUCAGUACUACGGCUCCGACCGAGAGAAUGACCGCAGCCUCUGCCAGCAGCUCAGGAAACGGAAAAAGUUCUUGAAAGGGCUCAGACAGCUUAAUCCAGGCCAGAACAGCUGUCGGGACAGCGACAGCGAAAGCGCAAGUGGGGAAUCGAAGGUGUUCCACCGGAGCAGUUCCCGAGAACGACUCAGUGAUACUUCAGCCCCAUCCAGCUUGGGAACAGGCUACUUUUGUGACAGUGACAGUGAUCGAGAAGAGAAGGUAGGGGUGCACUUUUAG